UCAAGUAGUUAUUACUACCGUCUAAAACCAAACAGAAGGCGGGAGGGGUUUCCGAUGGCGCCCAAGCGGAAGCCCGCGCGGGGGCCGGCGGCGGAGGAGCGGGACCCCGACGGCAUGUUCCGCGGCGUCUCCGCCUUCAUCGUCCCCCACGGCGUCCAGGGCCGCCGUCUCGAGGUGUGGAAGCAAAGGCUGGUGCAGAUGGGGGGCCGCGUCGUGGAGAAGCUCGACAAGGGCAGCGCUGCGGCGGGGGUCAACCACGUGCUGGCCAUGGACGCCAAGGCGCUGCUCCGGGUGCUCGACGCCGCCUGGCUCCACCGUUUCCGCGGGAGUGUGGUGUCCUUCGAAUGGCUGGAAGAGUGCCUCAAGUCCGGGGAGAGGCUGCCCGAGCACAAGUUUACAAUCAACUAUGAAGAGGAAUUUAAGCCGAAGAAGGCCACUGGCAAUGGAAAUUCAGGUGCGUCGCAGCCUGCAAAAAGGAGCAAAAUAUCAUCUGAGGAUCCUGGGGAUCAGCAGAGAACAAAUGACGAGGAUAGGGAGGAGCAUUCAAAUGCAAAUGCGGAUAAAGGUUCAGGUGUCAAAACAAAGCCUAUCCAGUAUGCAAGUAGCCAAAGUAGCUCUGGAGAUACCAAGGAUACAGUAGGUUCUCAUGGUACACUUGACAUCGAGGAAGCCUCCUCUGGAGGUCCCAGCAUUUAUGCUCCAGCAGACUUGAAUAGGAACAUCACCAAGAUUUUCGGAAGGCUUAUCGAUAUAUAUAGGGCCCUGGGAGAUGACAGAAGAUCAUUUAGCUAUUACAAGGCCAUACCGGUAAUUGAGAAAUUGCCAUUCAAAAUAGUAAGUGCUGAGCAAGUUAAAGACCUCCCUACCAUUGGGAAAUCUUUGAAAGACCAUAUAAAUGAAAUAGUUACAACUGGAAAACUCUCCAAGCUGGAACACUUUGAGAAUGAUGAAAAGGUACGGACUAUCAGCUUGUUCGGAGAAGUUUGGGGAGUUGGCCCUGCGACUGCGCUCAAGUUAUAUGAAAAGGGACACCGUACUCUUGAUGAUCUGCGAAAAGAUGAGUCACUUACAAAUGCUCAGAGGAUUGGAUUGAAGUACUUUGAUGAUAUCAGGCAAAGAAUCCCCCGGCAUGAGGUUAGCGAGAUGGAGAAGUUUUUGCAAGAUGUUGGAAAGGAUAUCUUACCUGGGGUAAUAAUUGUUUGUGGAGGAUCAUAUAGACGUGGAAAAGCUUCUUGUGGUGACAUGGAUAUUGUUAUAACUCAUCCCGAUGGAGAAAGUCAUGUAGGUUUUUUACCCAAGUUUGUUCAACGGCUGAAGGAAAUUAACUUUCUGAGGGAGGAUCUUAUCUUUAGCAUACAUAGUGUUGAUGGAACAGAUAGUGGGGUUGACACAUAUUUUGGUCUUUGCGCAUAUCCUGGGCGUGAGCUGCGGCACCGUAUUGACUUAAAGGUAUACCCAAGGAAUAGAUAUGCAUGUGGGCUGCUUGCAUGGACUGGAAAUGAUGUACUAAAUCGACGGCUAAGACUAUUAGCAGAUUCGAAAGGAUACGUGCUUGAUGACACUGGAUUGUAUCUAGCUACACGGGGCAGUGGUGGAAAGCAUGCAGGUAGAUCGGAUGCGAUAGUCAACUGUCACACUGAGAAGGAUGUUUUCGACACUCUUGGAUUCCCUUGGCUGGAACCUCAUGAGCGCAAUCUUUAGCUGGUUUCGAGCGUUCCUGUAGAGGAUGUAUUUUGUAAAGCUGUAUAUCUGUUCUCAGCCUACCUCAACUUACUCUGGACUGAAAGGCUUUGUACUGGUUGUUGUUGUUCAUUUAUAUGUCCUUCCCUUUUGUUGUGCUGUGAAUAGUACGCAAGCUUGUUGAAAGUAUCUAAAGUAGUCUCUGCUCUUUGUCA